AGAACUAUGCUAGGCUCUGAGUGUCUCCACAGAAGAGGUCCAUUUCAUCAUCCAAUGAGCUCUGCCUGCUUGGGGAUGUGACACCCCAGUGGAAGGAAGCCAGGAGCCUAUAGUAGCGGUCCUGGGGAAGCUUUAAGCAGCUGGGGCCAUGUAAUUUAAAACCUCUGAAAAGUGUGCUGUGGUGCUGUGGUCUGUGCACAGCACUAGUGCAACAUGAGCACUGGAUGCGGCUGACUCUUCAGAGGACGCGCUCGCCUGCUGCAGGAGGGAGAAGACUGAGAGCAAAACCUGAUGCAGCCCGAAAGGUCCAGAUAGAUGAGCUUGUGGCAUCCGUUCCCUAAGCUCAGGGAUUCCAAACACCCCUGGCUGGGAUUUAUUCUUCCUGAACAGCAUUAGUUCAGAUUACUCAAACUUGGAUUUCAAAGGAGUAUUUCCUUUGUUCCCUCUGUCACACCAAGGAAUCUGGAACAGCUCGAUGUCAGGAUGCAUGUGGUUGCCAUAGUAAUAUUACUCUGCUUUUGCAAAGCUGCUGAGCUAAGCAGAGCCAACCCUGAUGGUUUGAGAAAUCGAGUAAAUCACGGCCGGGCAGGUGGGGGCCGGAGAGGCUCCAACCCAGUCAAACGCUAUGCACCAGGCCUCCCCUGCGAUGUAUACAUGUAUCUCCACGAGAAGUACUUAGAUUGUCAAGAAAGAAAAUUAGUUUAUGUGUUACCUGAUUGGCCUCAAGAUUUGCUGCACAUGCUGUUAGCAAGAAACAAGAUCCGAGUGUUAAAAAACAACAUGUUUGCCAAGUUUAAAAAGCUGAAAAGUCUGGAUCUGCAACAGAAUGAGAUCUCCAAAAUUGAGAGUGAGGCAUUCUUUGGCUUAAACAAACUUACGACCCUUUUACUGCAGCACAACCAGAUCAAAGUCUUGACAGAGGAGGUGUUCAUUUAUACACCUCUACUUAGCUACCUGAGACUUUAUGACAACCCCUGGCACUGUACUUGCGAGAUAGAAACCCUCGUCUCAAUGUUGCAGAUUCCAAGGAAUCGGAAUUUGGGGAACUAUGCCAAGUGCAAAAGCCCACAAGAACUGAAAAAUAAAAAACUGAUGAAACUAAACUCUGAAGAAUUAUGUAAUAAAGAAGAAAAGGAACAACUGGACCCGAAAUCCCAAGUGUCAGGGAGACCCCCAAUCAUCAGACCUGAAGCAGACUUGACCCUGUGCCACAACUAUGUAUUUCCCAUACAGACACUGGAUUGCAAAAAGAAAGAGUUGAAGAAAGUUCCUCACAACAUCCCUCCAGAUAUUGUUAAACUUGAUUUGUCAUACAAUAAAAUCAAGCAACUUCGACCCAAGGAAUUUGAAGAUGUUCAUGAGCUAAAGAAAUUAAACCUCAGCAGCAAUGGCAUUGAAUUCAUAGAUCCUGCUGCUUUUUCAGGGCUGACACAUUUAGAAGAGCUAGAUUUAUCAAACAACAGUCUGCAAAAUUUCGACUAUGGAGUAUUAGAAGACUUGUAUUUUUUGAAACUCUUAUGGCUCAGAGAUAACCCUUGGAGAUGUGACUACAACAUACACUACCUCUACUACUGGCUAAAGCACCACUACAACGUCCAUUACAGUGGUCUGGAAUGCAAAAUGCCAGAGGAAUUCAAAGGAUGGUCUGUGGGAAAGUAUGUUCGGAGUUACUAUGAAGAAUGUCCUAAAGACAAGUUACCAGCAUACCCUGAGGCAUUUGACCAGGAUACAGAAGAUGAUGAAUGGGAAAAAAUAAGCAAGGAUCAUACAGCAAAGAAGCAAAGUGUGCGCAUCACCAUAGUGGGAUAGUUUAGCAACAGUUCUGUUUGGGACUCGCCAUACUGGUGUCAGAAAAUGGUGUGUUUACAAUUUGAUUAACUGUGUUGCCUGUUUAUGCAGGGUUGCUCAGCUAUAAGAGGCUUUUUUCCCAAUUGGUCUGUGUGUAAUUGAGAAAAUACUGUCAUCCUGCUUGCCUGUCUGCUCAAGCUGCCUCUGGUGACACGCAGUCCCACACUGGUAACCUGCAGGAGGAGCUGCGUCCUAAAGAUGACAUUUGAAUUUUGUAAUAUUCUGUAUAAAUGCUUUAUUUUCCCACUACUUUUUUUGUUUUUUUGU